UUCCUCCCGGCAUCCCCCGCGGAGGGCAAGAGCCGAGCGGGCUCUAGACCGACGCGGCCGUCCUUCGUAGCCGCCGCCACCUCGGUAGGACCUGUCGCGGUCGCCCGCUUGGCCACCAUGUCCGCCCAGGCGCAGAUGCGGGCUCUGCUGGACCAGCUCAUGGGCACGGCUCGGGACGGUUCAGUGUAUCUUUGCCUGCCUACAUCAAUCUGCAAGGGAGUUGCAGAAAAGCCUCAUGUUCAUCGAGCCGUGAGUCACAACCAAUUUCUAAGCUGUUAUAACAAAAAAGUGUUUGCUUUUUUUCACAAGUAACUUUAAAAGUGUAGUUUAGAAAGAAAACAUUUUCAAUAAAAAGACACUACAUUAAUCCUGGAUGCUUGCAAAUCCUAAAAUAUAUUCCUCCUUGACUAUUACACAGCUCUGUGUCCUAUACACAGAUUAGCUUUAAAAUUUGUCACAUACCACUUUGCCUUUACUUUUAUGUAUCAUUCCCCCUGACUUCCUUACUGCAGGUGUGGGCAAGAAAACUUUUCCUUUAAAACUUUUCAACAGCGGGCAUAAAAUUCUGCAGCUGAGGUCUUGAAGAAUGCAGAUGGGUACAGUAUGUGUUGGAGCUCACAGUGUGUAUUGACUAACCUAGUUCCUUUUUGCUUUUUUUGGUAUUGUCUUGUUAAAAGUGACUCCCAGGUGCCAACUUUCUUUUUUAAGGGUGGGGAUGAAAGGGGAAUGAGAAAAUAGAUCUAGAUUAUUUAACAGUCAGUGAUAAGAGUUUGAAACCUUUCUUCUUUAUGUAAAUUUGGGCAAACCACCGCUUUUGUGUUUCUCCAUAACAAAAAGAUUAAGCUAAUAAGUAGAUUUUGUUUGUAGAAAUUAUCAGCUAUUAAGUCACACAGUUGAUUGAUGGCACUCAUUGGUAUCUCACUGCCCACAUGUAUAUAUAUAUUAGACAAUGGCCUUUUGGUGCUCAGUCUUUUACUUCUGACUCCUUGACUUCUUUUGGCACAAAGAUGGAGUCAGAUAUCAUUGUGAUUCUUCAUGGUAAAUUUGGCCUCCAAAAAAAAUUCUGUAUUCUACUCCAGUUGUAAAUGUCUCUAGAUCAGCUUUUCAGUAUAUGUGAUGGGGAAAACACAGAAAUGAUAGUCUGCAAAUCAUCCAGGUGAAUUGUUGUACCAGAUAUCCUUUUGUGAUUAGCCUGAUAAUAUUGUCUUAUUUAAAACCACAAAUGAAUUUCAGGAGACGAAACCAGACAGAGGGUCAAGUUUACAGAUGAUCGAGUCUGCAAGAGUCACCUUCUGGACUGCUGCCCCCAUGACAUCCUGGCUGGGACGCGCAUGGAUUUAGGAGAAUGUACCAAGAUCCACGACUUGGCCCUCCGAGCAGAUUAUGAGAUUGCAAGUAAAGAAAGAGAUCUGUUCUUUGAAUUGGAUGCGAUGGAUCACUUGGAGUCCUUUAUUGCAGAGUGUGAUCGGAGGACUGAGCUUGCCAAGAAACGGUUGGCAGAAACACAGGAGGAGAUCAGUGCAGAAGUUUCAGCAAAGGCAGAAAAAGUACACGAGUUGAAUGAAGAAAUAGGAAAACUUCUGGCUAAAGCUGAGCAGCUCGGAGCUGAAGGAAAUGUGGACGAAUCCCAAAAGAUUCUCAUGGAAGUGGAGAAAGUUCGUGCAAAGAAGAAAGAAGCUGAGGAAGAGUACAGGAAUUCCAUGCCUGCAUCCAGUUUCCAGCAGCAAAAGCUUCGUGUGUGCGAGGUCUGUUCUGCCUACCUGGGUCUUCAUGAUAACGACCGUCGCCUCGCAGACCACUUUGGGGGCAAGUUACACCUGGGUUUCAUUCAGAUCCGAGAGAAGCUUGAUCAGUUGAGGAAAACUGUGGCUGAAAAGCAGGAGAAGAGAAAUCAGGAUCGCUUGAGGAGGCGGGAGGAGCGAGAGCGGGAGGAGCGCCUGAGUAGAAGGUCUGGAUCCAGAACCAGAGAUCGUAGGAGGUCACGCUCCCGAGAUCGGCGUCGGAGGCGGUCAAGAUCUACCUCCCGAGAGCGAAGGAAGUCUUCCCGGUCCCGGUCCCGAGACAGACACCGGCGCCAUCGCAGCCGUUCCCGGAGCCGCAGCCGGGGACAUCGCCGGGCUUCCAGGGACCGGAGUGCGAAAUACAAGUAACUACUCUGACUCCUUCAGUAGCUGCAACCAGGAGUUCUCCAGAGAGCGUGCAUCAAGAGAAGAGCCCUGGGAGUAUGGGCGGAGUGAGCGUGGGGCUGUGGACUGGAGGCUGGAGAACUCCAACGGGAAGACUGUGUCACGGAGGUCCGAGGAGAAGGAGGCCGGCGAGAUCUGAACCCGAGCUCUGAUGUUCUCAAUGAAAACAUUCAGCACAGCCUAAGAUUGCUCUUUAUAUUUGCUGUACACAACUCAUCUUUUGUAGUUUGAAUUUCUAUUGUAUGGAGCUAGCUGUGAGUUUCUAGGUCGUGCAGAGUUGCUCCUGUGUUCUGGGUUAUGUUGUGUAGGAAUAAAUAAACCUGACCGGCUGCCUCCUUA